GGGCGGAGCAGGCUGGAUCACCUCUCGCCCCCACGGGUCGAAGAUAGCGGACCCUGAUAGGGUGACGACAGGGAGUGCCAUGAAAGGCAGCAGUGUGCGACUGGUGGGGGGCGCCUGUCCCAACACGCUAGGACUGCUCUGGUUGGAGGGGUGUCCGUACAGGUUUCACGGCCCCUGGCUGGAACACACCUUCUUUAAAGGCAGAGAUUGGAGGGAAGCAUGUUACUCCCCCUCUUACCUGUCAAUGUAAAUCAGGGAUUUAAACAAACAAUCCCAUCUCUGGUGUCAAAGCCUCACCCUCCCAGGCCUGCCCCCCCAUUCUUCCUGCUCUCUCUUCGUCCUCACUACACGACUCGGCAUAAAGACAUGGGGAUACAUGCCGAUCAGAACUGACCUGAGGUCCAACAGCCUCUACCGACAACCAAUAACGACGGCAAAUGGCUGCAACAAGCAAGAUAAGAGAGGAACAGUAACUCUGGAUCGAAGAGCGGCAUUUUCCAUGGGAAACAAGCGAGCACAAGCCCACGAGCCAACGACUUGUCAUCAGUCACCGUGAAUGAGAGCCUAACAGAAACUCUUCAAUAAGACAGAUCACUCCUCUGCCACCCCCGGAGGCCCCUCCAGCAGAGACCAAACACCGCUAACGUCCAACAACGGCCUGACCGCUCUAGACACAGACAGCAGGACUCGCCUCCCACUGCAAUGAACUCCAGUCAGUCCAAUACCACCUCUGCCCCCAAACCGAAUGGAUACACGCCCACUCACCAAACGCUGCCCGGGUGCGGCUCCAGCCUGGACCCGAGCUUCUCCUUCCUCUGUGACAUGGAGGCUGCCUGGGGAAUCGUGGUGGAGACUUUGGCAGCCCUGGGGCUGCUCGUCACCUUGGGUCUGCUUUUCGCCACCAUAGCCUGGACCACGUGGACGUCCCUACGACAUCGCCCCCUAAUGGCUGCGGCGGGGACUGUGACAUCCCUGCUGCUGUUCUUGGUGGGGACGGCGGGCAUGUUCAGCCUGACCUUUGCCUUUGUGGUCCGGCUUGGCUUGGCCACGUGCCCGACCCGGGUCUUCCUCUUUGGCGGGCUCUCGGCGCUCUGCUUUUCGGCGCUGGUGUCACGCAGCCUGGCCCUGCGGGGCCUGGUGCGGGGCUGGGCCGAGCUGGGCCUCACGCUGGCCCUCAGCUCCGUGCAGGCCGUCGUGGCCGCGGAGUGGCUGCUCACCGUGCUUGUCCGUGACCAGCAGCCGUGCCGCUACUCCCAGGCCGAGUUUGUCGUGCUCCUCAUCUAUGUGCUGUGCCUCAUCUCCGCGGCUCUGUGCAGCUCCGUAUCCUGCCUCUGCUUCUUUGGGUGCCCCAGGAAGGAAGCCCGUAACCGGGCCGGGGCCCAGGCGCUGCUGCUCUGCCUCACCGUUAUGCUUUCCAUGGCCAUCUGGGUGGUGUGGAUCACACUGCUGACGUGGGGAAACUGGGAGAUGGGCCGCAGGCCGCUUUGGGACGACCCGGUCCUGAGCGUGGCGCUGGUGUCCAAUGCCUGGGUGCUGUUGCUCGGACAUGGGCUGGCCCAAGCGGCCUUUCUGAGGCAGAUGUUCCGGAGCGGGGAGGAGACCCCGCUGGACUUCACGGGCUGGACCAGUCCCAGUGGCGAGAUGGCCGGGCUGCAAGGUGUCAAAAAGGCAGGGCGGGAGAACCGGAGCUUCGAAAGCGACAGCCAGGACUGGAGAGGUAAACGGAACAACGCGGCAAUACGCUCGCCGUACGAGUCUGGAUUCUCCAUGUCGGAUAUAGACCCUGGGAAAGACUACAGCAUCCCGCGACCUCAGACCACCAACACCGACGUGCCCUACGACGAUUACUACGGUCGCAGGCUGUCCAACUAGAGACCAACUUUCACAGAUCCUUUAGGCCUAACCACGUUUGUUUACAUCCCAGCCUGCUUUGCAGGUUGUUCCAUGUGCAACUUUUAGUCUCUAAAGCUAUGACUUCCUGUAAAUGAUUAAUUUAAAUGCUGAAACACUCUAACUAUCCGCGCAAUUAUUUCAUUAAUGGUACUUGAACAGCGCGCAUUUUGACAUAGUAACAAGGUAAAAUUCUAACCAUUACCUGAAAUACAUUAGCAUCAAGUUCAUUAUUAUUUGUCAUUUAUUUAAAUUACUAAAACGGAAAAAGCUGAAAUACCAAAAGUAGUUUCUGCAGUUCCGGGGUUGUGAUAUAGCCCAGUAAAGCCAAUUUUAAGUGUCUAUUUUAGCCUGUUUUUUAUUUUCUAAAAUAUAUAUGCAGAUGUAUUAAAAUAUACAACCAGCAUUAACGAAAUGCCAUCCUGUGUUAAAACCAUUUUGUUGAUUGACUCUUCCACAAUAGCCCACUAGCAGCCUGCAAGAUACGUUUCUCUUAGUAAACAUCUGUUCGUUCUUAAUUUCGAUUUAUCAUGCUUCAUGAUACAGACGAGGAAUAAUCAGGAAGUCAUAAAAAGCAGAAGAUUCACUGCAGUUUAUUCCUCUGUUUUUAGAAACAUUUUUACUAGGGUAGCAUUUUUUUAUUUUCAACCGAACCGCAGCCGCUAAGAUGAAGCUAGUGCUGCAACAGGGGAACAAAGCUAUACCCGAGCCGACCACACGGGGGCAUCUUCAGCUCGUGUCAACGAGACAACUUACCGGUUCUUAGGGGAUCACUGCAAGUCCCAAAAAGGUCACUUCUGUCUUAGAUCCAUAUUCCUCAGAGACAUUCAUUCUUCCACAGCAGGAAACAGUUCUUCAUAAGGCGAAGCCAAACAUAAAUUUGGGAAGGGCAUGCUAACGUCAAAAGUGUGGUUUAGAAAGACGGGUUCCUUGAUUUUCUUGAGGGCCUUCUGUUUGUGUCACAGCCUGAUAUUAAGGGUAUUUCAAUAAAUAAAUAAAGUAAAUUGGAGUACGUACAUAAA